AUGUGGUCUAAUGAGCUUUUUAUAAUUUUAGUGUUUUUCUAUUUCACUGUUUUGACACAUGUAUUGCCGUCUGCAAGCUAUCACCGCGGACCCCGUUAUACUGUAACCGAAAGUCAAAAGCCAUUUGUAGAAGUUCAAAAUGCCACGUACCACGGUUCGGGUCCCAGGGAAGAAGCAAGGGCCAUGUGUUCAGUUAAGACCCAGGAAGUGAAUGCAACUGCGAACGCGACUAUAACUAGACGGCUACAUGGAGUUGUUACUUCUAGGGAGCUUCAUAGUGCCAUACAGCGCUUAGAAGUUAUAAUCUUCGGUCAAAUGCAGCAGCUAUGGCAGAGUUUGGACGCUCUUCGCGCGCAGAUGGCCCGGGAACCAGGCGUAUCUUUCCCGGAUCGACGAAGCGUUGCGUUUAGAUAUAAACCUUGA